AUGUUUUCUCUACCGGGCAUCUGCGAUGAGGAACUAAACCCCGUGCCGGCGCUGACGGAUGUCUUUGACAACAAUGACAGCUGGCGCAUCCGACUGAUCCGUCGAGGCUUCACGCGUAUCAACAACUUCGUCAACGGGCCCGCGCCUGAUCUCAAUUUUGGGCGGCUGCGGCCGGAUUACAAAAGGGAGAGGGUGCUGGUUUACUGCGACCUGACGCGGUUCCUCAUGCGGAAGCAGCCGAGGAUAUUGGACGUCCUCGAUCAUGUACAGCAUAACGAAGACCCGGAUCUUGGGGAGUAUCCAUCAUGGGCGCCGAAAUGGUUCGACCAGGGGACUUGCUUCGUAUUCAAAGGGGCAUAUCUCGCUGGUUUCUGCGACGGAAACUUCCGGUACCUUGCUGAGCUUCAUGACAUCCCCAUCCAAGACGAUCCCGUGCAACCAAGGGUUUUGUCGUUGGAUGGUUAUCAUGUAGACGUGGUGCAGAAGACAAGUGAAACGUUCGACUUUGGGUGGGGAUCGCGGGCAACAGCACCAGCUAUUUUGGACGCCUGGGAGCAGCUCUUCGGUGUGUCCAUUGCGCCCAGAUGCGGACAGAACUAUCGAAACAGCAGUCUGAUCGAUGUAGCAUUCUGCAAGGCCGCGUUGGCCGGUGUCCUGGGAUCGAUCAUUGGCCACAGCCACCUCCUCACCCAGAGGGCACCACUGGCUCCCGGCUGGAAGCUGUUAUCUGUUUGA